AUGGGUGUGGUGGGUCAGCAGGAGGUGGAGGUGCUGGAGUCGUGCAUGGUGAAGCCGAGCGUGGAGACGCCUAGCCAUGGCCUCUGGCUCUCCCAACUCGACCUCAAAAUGGUCAACAGAGGCCACACGCCGAACGUAUACUUCUACACUCCCCACUCCGGCGCCGUCGGCAACUUCUUCGACGUGGCCAGGCUGAAGGCGGCGAUGGCCAAGGCUCUCGUGCCCUUCUACCCUCUCGCCGGCCGUCUGGGCGUGGACGACGAGGGCCAGCCGGAGAUCGACUGCGCCGGCCAGGGCGUGCUCUUCGUCGUCGCUCGCUCGGACCUCACCGUGGACGGCUUCGUCGACUUCCAGCCGUCGCCGGAACUAAGGAGGCUCUUUGUUCCCCGCGUUGAGGACUCGCCGUCCAUCAUGUGCGCCAUCCAGGUGACCUUCAUGGGAUGCGGCGGGGUGGCCUUGGGGACGGCGCUGCACCACGUUGCCAUCGACGCCGUGAGCGCUGUCCACUUCUUCCAGACGUGGUCCGGCUUCUGCAGGGACGGCGACGCGGCGGCGGCGGUGCUGGAGCUCCCAUGCCACGACCGCACCCUCCUCCGCGCGCGCUCCCCACCCGUCGUCCACCCCGACGCCCUCACCGUGUUCUCCUGUCCGAAGCUGAGCCUAGCAGUAUCUGCCGAGCCGUCGGGGGCCGUCGUCAACAAGAUCUUCGUCCUCUCCAAGGACCAGGUUGCCGCCCUCAAGCGCGCCUGCACCGGCGGCGGCGACGGCGGCCGCGUGAGCACGUUCUGCGCCGUGAGCGCCCACGUGUGGAGGUCCAUGUGCACCGCCCGCCGGCUGCCGACGGACGCGAGGACGCGCCUCACCUUCCCGGCGAACAUCCGGGGCGCCCUUCGGCCGCCGCUCCCCGCCCGCUACUUCGGGAACGGGAUCAUCGUCCUGGGCGCCGCUGGCAGAGUGCGGGACAUCGAGUCGGAGGAGCUGGGCUCCGUCGCCCACCGGAUCAGUGGCGCGGUCGGCAGGAUGGACGACGAGCUGGUGCGUUCGGCGAUCGACUACUUGGAGAUAAACGGCAAGAGCAAGCAGCCCCCGAGCAGCAUGCCGGAGACGGAGCUGAGGGUGGUGAGCUGGCUGGGCAUGCCGGUAUACGACGUGGAUUUCGGGUGGGGGAAGCCCCUGGUGAUGCACCGCGCCGUGCAGCAGCGCGCCGGGAUGGUCUACCUCAUGGACGGCGUCAGCGGGAGCGGCGGCGUGCGCAUCCUCGUGUCUACGGAGGCUGUGAUUCUCAACGACUUCCAGCGCCUGCUAUAUGCCAACUUCUAG